CCAACCAAAGCGUUUGCGAGCCUCUCUUUCUUCGUGUCCUGUCAUACAACGACAAUAAUAAAGCUUUAAUGUAUUAUUUUAACUGAAGCGAUUAUAUGAACACACGAAUAGAACAGUUAAAUAUGAUUUGCGAAAUUAUAAUACAGUGAAAUAUGACUUCUGAGUUAGUAUGCGUUGUGCAACAAUUUUAACACAUACUUUUUAAACUUACCCCAACAUCCAGUGACUAAAACUGUUACUUUUUCAAACGAAAGCUGCCUGGAUUGCUAGCAGGAAUGCUACUCACUCACCAUUACUUUCAUGGCAACAUAAGCAGCUGAAACAGAUUUGAGCAAUUGAACAGUGGCGCGUGCUUCCGUGCUAGAUCAGCUGACACAAGCACGCGGAAGAAGUAAAGCUUCAUACGUAGUUUAAAAGUUUAGUUUGAAAACAUAAAGAAAACGUUUCAGUCGUAUGAGCAGAAAAACAUCUGUGGUGGUCUUCGUUUGAUGCUUCUUUCCUUCUGAACUGUCAUUUGAUUACAAUGGCAUACAACGAGUCAAUGGUUGUAGUGAAUGGAAGUCAGGUGUCCUGCAUUGGGCAUGAUUGGGAAGACAUUCCAGAUUUUCUUGGGGCAAAAUAUGGAGAAGUGGCAAGAAGAUUAGAUCUCAGCUUCAACCAACUGAGGUCACUGAAAGGUCUGAAAGCAUUCAGCCAACUGGAAGAGCUGAUUGUGGACAACAAUCUUCUUGGAAAUGACCUCCGGUUGCCCAGGUUACCACGGCUCCAUACCCUAACGCUCAAUAAGAACCAAUUCACCGACAUCGAGGCCCUGCUGGAGCAUUUGGUGGAAGUGACGCCAGCGCUGGAAUACCUGAGCCUUCUGGGAAAUGAGGCCUGUCCCAACCAGCUGGUCAGCAUGGAUAAAGAUGAAGACGACUAUCAGAGAUACAGGUACUUUGUACUACACAAGCUGACAAAUCUGAAGUUCCUGGACACCAGGAAAGUGACCCAGUCAGAGCGGUCAGAGGCUGAAGCACGUGGAGCAUUCAUGAAGGUGGUCAAGCCGAAAAAUGACCAAGAUACCGCCAGUGAUCUGAGAUCCGAAUCUACCGUUACGUCAUACACCCCACUGCCACGAGGAUCCAAAGAUGCCCGAAACCACAAAGGGGUUUUCACCAAGUGCCGUUAUGUCUACUACGGCAAGCACUCAGAGGGCAAUCGAUUCAUCCGCAAUGACCAGCUCUGACUGACAGACGGGUCAGUGGAUAGACACAUGAGGGGGCUGUACAAAGAUAUCCUGCGCAUAUUAUUAUAAAUAUACAUGUUUCCACACACAUUUUAAGCAGCCAAACCUAGCCCUCUAGUGCCGUCUGCUGAGUGUGCCUUCCCUGCCAUCUCCCAUCGCUCUCGCUCCGUCUGAGCAGUGCCAUCCAGAUUGACAUGAUUGCCUUUAAGCUGCCGCGGUGACAGACACACACACGGCCGAGCGCUCGUCCUGACAGCCGCGGCACCAUGAUGGAUUGCCUGGUCCAACUGCUGCUCUCCCCAGGUCAAAGGUCCCACCUGAGGCUUCGGGCUGCCCACACGGAAGCCCAGGAUGAGCUCCUCUCAAAGUCAAAGCUAAAGUUAAAGAGAAAGAUCGGAGGAAAAGUGUCGCUUUUGCUGGAUUUCUAAACUUUAGCCAUCAUUAAAAGUUAGGCUUAUUACAUGGUUUUGUAACCAUGUCAUUUUCCGUACAUUACCAUAGGCAGGAUGUCACUUUGAGUUUGUAAAAAAAAAAAAAAAAGUUAAAAAGACUAAUAAAUUUAAACAAUUUAAUUUAGUGUUUGUUUAAAUUUAUCAGCCUUUUUAAGCUUUAAAAAUAAAAGGCAUGCCAGGCAAGUUUUUUUUUUUUUAAACAGUUUGCUUUCAUAUUUCAUCUGUUAUUAUGUUUUAAUGAUCCAAAGCUUUAUUGAAUGUCUUCAGCAUGAGUCCUUUCAGAAGUGCAGCUGCGAGGCCCUCACAGGCUCCUGACUCUGCAGCAUGUGUAUGUUUGCGAGGUGUAUGUGCAUGUCGUGUGUGAAGUUUGUGUGUUGCGGGGGCAGUUGUUGCAGUGCCGGAGCCUGGAGGAGCUGUGAAAGAAAGAGGUAAUGAGCUUUGCUUUAUUUCAUUCUUUCUUUGGAGGGAGAGAGCAAAGACAGACAGCAGCCCUGGCAGUGAAAAGGAGGAGGUUGAUGUAUGUGUGUGUGAGGGGGGAGUCAACAACUUUCUCCAGUCUUUUUGAUGGAUUCCUCAUGCGUUUUUUUUUUUUUUCUCUCGGACCUAUUCACAUUAUUUUAAUGAUUUCUUUUCAUGUUUAAAAAAAAAAUCAAUUAAAAAAAAUCCAUAAUGUCCUUUGCUAUGCUUUGGAUACAAAGUUUAUUAGCAGUGGCCAAAUAAUUUAGCAAACAUUUGAAACAUCAACUCCAUUGAGUUGAGGGUGAUACAUGUUUUAUGUGCAUCCAAUUUAUUUUGCCUUACUUUUUUUUAUUACAUUCCAUAUUUAAAGUUUUAGAGUUUAUGCACUGACAUCUGCAUGAGACUAGCCAAAGAUCCACAGCAAACACAAGUUUAUAUCUUAAACAAGAAAAUGCAAAAGAUUUAAACUUGUUUUAAAGAUUUUAAAUGAAUUGGGAUUUUUUAUUAGUUUGACUGUUGUAUGAAUCUAUCUUUUUAUAUGGGUAGUUGGCAUGACAUGUAAAAGUGUCCAUCUAAAACUAUUUUUUAAUCAUAAAAUAAUUAUUAUACAUAUUGUUUUGAUGACUUCAUUUUGAUUUAAAAGACUACGUAGUAUUUGCACUUAAAAAAAAUGUAUAGCUGAAUAAAAUUAUAAAUAAUACAUUAAAAAAUCUGUAUAAAUGAAAUGAAAUGAAAAAUAUGCAUGUAUGUAAUGAAAAUAUAAUGGGUAGUCUAUUACUGUAUGUACUGCAAUUAUUGCAUGUAAUAUACUAUAAUUGUAAAAAAUAUAAUACCAUAAUCAUGAAGUAUUUUUUUGAUUACCAUUUUGAUUAAAUAAGCAUGUGCUAUCCACUGUCAUAAGCAAAAACGAACUAAAUAAAAUAGCUUGGAAAAAACUGGAUGACAAUCUAGUGUUCUUUUAAUAUUUAAACAACCGGGGAACUGCAUAUAUUAGAACUAAUAUGUUACUAUUAGUAUUAUUUUUAAAUGUCUGAACCUUAUUUGUUUUUAUUUUUCCUUGUGAACAUUCAUUAUUAAUGGCAUAAUUUUGCCUGGCCUCAUCUUGCUUAAUUGCCGUGUGUUAAAUGGCCUCCCAAGUAUGCCAUCCAAAUUAGCCCAGCAAAUGAGAGACGUAGUUUUGGAUGUGAAAGAAAGCAUGUGUACCCGGAGCAGCACACGCAGGGAAAGGUCACAGAUAGCCCAGUGCAAUGAUUUGGUGUGCACCGGCUGUGUGGGUUUGACUGUGGGUCACAGGUUGUGUGCGUCUGUGCCUUAUGCACAUGUCGGUCCAAGUGUGUGUUUCAGUGUCUGAGAGGGACACGAUGCAAUGGGAAUAUUGUACUUAAUGUGUGUGUGGGUUGUUUAGUGUGUGUGUGUGUAUACAGUACAUUUGUGUCUUCGGCCCUAUGAGACCAUGCCUGCUGGAGAGCAUGGUCACUAGUGCGGGCGUUUCUAAAUGACAAGGUUUAUUUGUCGGUGUUGUGAUAUGUUCUGAGAAAAGUGGCACUGACAGCUGGUGGAGGCAGCAAGAAGGAGCCACAACAAGUCCCCCCCUAACCACACAAAAUGUCAUCUCUUCCCUGGCUGGCUCACCCAACCAUCCCCAUGAAAAGAACAGACAUUUAAAACUUUGUGACAUGUGUCAGAGACGCUGCCAUUGAGCCACUGCCGCUGAUGUAGCCGGAAUUGACAGCACCCGAGCCGCUUGAGCUGGCUUGGGGACAUACCGAGUUUGGUGAGUGUCAGUUCCCAUCCUCGUCAGGGCCUCAUCUCAAGCAGCUCCGCAAAUAUAAACAGCAUUAGAAGGCGGGCGGAAGUGCAGCGGGAAGACAUAUGCUGACACACACACACACACACACGUGUGUUCGGGAGAGAGUUUGGGAGAGGCGUGUGGCAGGGACUAAUUAAGGUGUGAGAAGUGGAGAGCAACCGGUAGCCUCUGACCUGGGACUCCAUGCUCGCAGGGCUUCUCGCUAGAAGAACGCAGGGAUAUGGGCCCAGAGAAAACAAAUGGAAAGGGUGGGAACUAAAUGAACAUGACAUGAAUGAAAAGAUUAUCUCAGUUUGACAAGAUGCUAAUGGAACAUGGUUUCAAGUUUUGAAUCAAUG